GAAGAAGAAGGAGAAGGAGGAGGAGGAGGAGAAGAAGAAGAAGGAGGAGACCCCCGCAGACAUCAGCCGGAGCUUCUGCAGAGGCAGGGAGAGACCCACCCGCAGACAUUCCGCGGGACAUGUCCUCUCUGCGCUUCCUGAGGAGCCGCUGCUCCCUCCGGCUUCCCGCCGCCAUGCUCAGACACUACAGCCUGGACGCCUCCCACCCGCUGCUCCGCACGCAGGGCUACGUCAACGGCCGCUGGCUCCCCGCUGCCUCGCAGUUCCCGGUGCUGGACCCGGCCACCGGGGAGGAGAUCGCCCGGGUGUCCGACUGCGGCCCGGAGGAGGCCAAGCAGGCCGUGGACGCGGCGUACGAGGCGUUUCACUCCUGGAAGCGGAACAGUGCCAAGGAGAGGAGCAUCGUGUUGAGAAAGUGGUUUGAACUGAUGAUGCUGCACAAAGAAGAGCUCGCUGAACUCAUCACCUACGAAUGUGGUAAACCCAUGUCGGAGUCUCUGGGCGAGGUGUCGUACUCGGCCUCGUUCCUCGAGUGGUUUUCAGAGGAGGCUCGGCGAGUCUACGGCGACGUCGUCCCGUCGCCCGCCAAAGACCGAAAGAUCCUCCUCUUGAAACAACCUGUGGGCGUGGCUUCCAUCAUCACGCCGUGGAACUUCCCCAGUGCAAUGAUCACCAGGAAGGUGGCGGCAGCUCUGGCGGCCGGCUGCACGGUGGUGGUGAAACCGGCCGAGGACACGCCGCUGUCGGCUCUGGCUCUGGCUGAGCUGGCUGAGAAGGCGGGGGUCCCGCCGGGGGUCUUCAACGUGGUCCCGUGCUCCAGGGAGAAGACACCGGCCGUGGGGGAGGUCCUCUGCACCGACCCGCUAGUCGCCAAAAUCUCCUUCACUGGGUCCACCGCCACCGGCAAGCUCCUGCUGAAAAUGGCGGCCGACACCGUGAAAAAGGCGUCCAUGGAACUGGGAGGCCACGCCCCCUUCAUUGUGUUCGACAGUGCCGACGUGGACAAGGCAGUGUCUGGAGCCAUGGCCUCCAAGUUCAGAAACUCUGGGCAGACGUGCGUGUGCUCCAACCGCUUUCUGGUGCAGAGCGGCGUCCACGACGCCUUCGUGGACAAAUUGGGCCGCGCGAUGGACGCCGAGCUUCGGCUGGGUCACGGCUCGGAGCCCGGAACAACCCAGGGCCCGCUGAUCAACACCAGGGCUGCGGAGAAGGUGGUCCACCAGAUCUCAGAUGCUGUGUCUCGGGGGGCCAAGGUGCUGAAGGGGGGGAAGCGUCUGGACGGGUCCUUCAUGGAACCCACUCUGCUGGUCGGCGUCACCACGGAGAUGAUCUGCACCAAGGAGGAGACCUUCGGCCCACUGCUGCCCGUCAUCAGGUUUAAUACAGAGGAGGAAGCUCUGGCUAUCGCUAACGCGUCUAAUGUCGGGCUGGCAGGUUACUUCUUCUCUCAGGACGUCAGUCAGAUCUGGCGGGUGACGGAGGCGCUGGAGGUGGGGAUGGUCGGGGUCAACGAGGGCCUCCUCUCCACCCCGGAGGCGGCGUUCGGAGGAGUCAAACAGUCUGGUUUGGGUCUCGAAGGUUCCAAGUACGGCAUCGACGAGUAUCUGGAGGUCAAGUACAUGUGCUUCGGAGGCCUGAAGCCUUGAGUGCGACCAUCAGAUCUCAGCUUUAUAGAACCUAUAACCAACUGUGAAUCUAAAUCAGUCCCUACUAACACCUGGGUAGUGAGCCCCCCCUCUUUAUAGAGACGAUCAAUUUCCCCCAGAUGUCAGGAUUACUCUGAAGUCAGGAGCAGCAGUGGUAGCUUAGCCUAGCUAAUGUAAACGGUAACAUUACACCCUUCAGGUGGUUGCCAUAGUAACAUUUAAGCGGUACACAUUCUUGGGAUAUUUUUUUACUUUUACAAAAAAAAACGUGUAAACUAUUUAGUGAAGUAUUUCAAAUGUCAACCUAAACUCUCAAGUUGCUUUCUAAAUGAUAAGUUCAAUAAAAUGAAAAGCUAGUUAGCAGCUAUUUGCCUAGUUACGGUUGCUAGGAUGAUAUUGAUGUUAAGUGUGGUGAUAAUGAAGCUGUAGCCAAUUAGAAUCAUGUAUUCUACUCCUGUGACUUUAAAUGAUUUGUCUAUUAUAUUUACCAACUCAUACAUUUACAUGUUGGUUGAACUAUUGCUAAUAUCCAGAAUCUCCUGAAUCCAAUGACGUCAUCGCAGCACAAUUACUUCUAGAUGCCUAUGAAUUCAUUUUUGACAGAUCAAAACCUUUUUAAAAUAAUUGGGUUAAACAUCCUUAAGUCAGCAGCUUCAUAUAUAUGUACAUGUACACAUGUAUUAUUGUGAUUAUUGAAAUAUGUAUAAAA